AUGGCAGCGCAUUUUCAAGCUGGGGAUAUGGGACAAAAUCUCGCCUUUCUGGAACAAAGGCUUCCUCACCAUGAUCAUCGUCCUCAUUGUGCUCUUCCUAGAUGCUGUACGAGAGGUGAAGAAGUACUCGGCCGCAGAUCCUGGUAAAGAUCCGAAGCUGAACCCAAACAUGUAUGACCAUAUGCACAUGAAGCUGUUCAGAGCGCAGAGGAACCUCUACAUCUCUGGAUUUUCACUCUUCCUCUGGCUGGUCAUGAGGCGUGUGAUCACCUUGAUCAACCAGCUGGCCUCAGUUCAGGGCUCCACUGCAGCACUGCAGGCCCAGGCGGAAAGCGCCAACCAGGCUGCCAAGAAAUACAUGGAGGACAAUGAGCUCCUCAAGCAGACUUUGGCUGAUGGAAAAGGCGAUGGCAAUGUCACGGCAGAGGGAAAUGAUCUCUUGAAGGAAGAGCUGGAGAAGCUGACCGAGGAGCUGGAGGCCUCUAAGGAAGCUCUGAAGAAGUCCCAGUCUGAGGUGGAGGCCAUGAAGAGUCAGAGUGCUGGCCUGACCAAGGAGUACGACCGCCUGCUCACGGAGCACCAGGAGCUGCAGAACCAGAUGGAAAGUGGAGACAAAAAGGACGACUAGGACUUUUUUUUUCAGAUUUGUUUGCAGUGUUAUUCGGGAUAACACACAACUGCUGCCGUGUAAAAAAAGCACCUCUUUUCCAACACCCACUCUCAGUCUUUUCAGAGCACUGCAUGCAAUGGGACUACUCCCUUAUUUACCUCACUGUACAGUGCAGCUGUGCAAAACAUGCUUUACUCUUCACAAUGCAUGCUUUUUCAUUUGGUUUUAUUCAUUAUCUGUGUAGGCAUACCCUUAUCAUACAUGCAGUACAUGUUCAUGUACCUUUUUGUUUUUUCUGUUUGUUUUUUGUUUAUUUGUUUGUUUGUUAGUUUUCUGCUGUGUGCCUUGUUAUAAGAACAGAAGAGGCAGCAUUUAUAGUUGCAACCAAUGACCGUAUAGUUUGCGCAAUUGUCCAGAGCGAAUGUAUUGUCCGCGGGUACAGUAGUCCAUGGACUAUUACAGCCUUCUUUAUCUUUGACUUUAUUGUCAUGUUGACUGGCUGAGCAGACAGGGGGUUAAGACGAAAUGAAGACAUACUGUAUACGGCGUGCCUGUUUGGGAGUUCCAAGGGAAAUUGUGGGAGUGAAAUAUCAUCUGAACCCUGUCCAGUUCCGUUACACAUUCCAGGAAGACAUUGUUAUCCUGCAAAUGUGUCGUUGUUAUGUGGUGUCCUGGCUCCCUGUUUGUGACAGUUUAUAUUUUUGGUUCUGAAAUGACACUGGGCCACACCAUUGACUGUAUGAAAAUUGUCCAC